AGAAAAACUAAAGAAACAAAAACAGCAGCUUCUCUCUCUUCCUUUUUAGUUUCUCUCUCUAACCAGACAGUCAUAGGAGUAUUGACCCCUACCCACUACCCAGACCCAGUAGUUCACUACCCACUCACUUUCUCACUCUAACCUCUCUCUUUCGCUAUCUUCUAUUUCCCUUUUUCCACCAUGACUUACCCCUAACUCCCAACAUUUACAUAUUCAGAAAUCUUCCAUGGAUUUCCUUCUUUAAGCUUUUCAUUUCUUCUCUCUUAUUGCCUCUUCUUUUCCCCCCCUUCCAUUACAGAAGCAGGGAAAAAGAUUCAUCAACUCUUUUAGUGUGAUCUUUGCUGAGGUUCUGUUUUUGUACUUACUAAGAUUUUAACCCAAAUAAGUACUAAUUUUAGGUUAUACAUAGUUUAUUUCAAGUUUUUCAACCUUUUUCUCUGAAGAGAAAAAAAUCCAGCUUUCGUUUCUGGGUUUUCUUCUCUAACUCAACAAUGGCGAUGGUAGUGCACAGAGAGACUAGCAGCGGAAGCGGAAGUAGUGGAAUGAGUAAACAUAUGGCAGCUGCAGUAGCUGCUUCAUCUGCUGAUGCAGGGAAGUAUGUGAGAUAUACAGCAGAACAAGUUGAAGCUUUGGAGAGGGUUUAUGCUGAAUGCCCUAAGCCUAGCUCUUUACGACGUCAACAGUUAAUUCGGGAAUGCCCCAUUCUCUCCAACAUUGAGCCUAAACAGAUCAAAGUUUGGUUCCAAAAUAGAAGGUGUAGAGAAAAACAGAGGAAAGAAUCGUCAAGGUUACAGACUGUGAAUAGGAAGUUAACUGCAAUGAACAAAUUGUUGAUGGAAGAGAAUGAUCGGUUGCAGAAACAAGUUUCUCAAUUAGUUUGUGAAAAUGGGUUUAUGCGCCAACAACUCCAUACUGCACCGGUUGUGACCACUGAUGGAAGCUGUGAGUCUGUGGUCACCACUCCUCAGCAUUCAAAUAGAGACACAAAUAACCCUGCUGGACUCCUGUCUGUUGCGGAGGAGACAUUGGCAGAGUUCCUCUCGAAGGCGACAGGGACUGCUGUUGAUUGGGUCCAGAUGCCUGGGAUGAAGCCUGGUCCGGAUUCGGUUGGGAUCUUUGCCAUUUCACAUCGUUGCAACGGAGUGGCAGCCCGAGCCUGUGGUCUUGUUAGUUUAGAACCUACAAAGAUUGCAGAGAUCCUUAAAGAUCGUCCAUCUUGGUUCCGUGACUGCCGGAGCCUUGAAGUAUUCACUAUGUUUCCUGCUGGAAAUGGAGGAACAAUUGAACUUAUAUAUACACAAAUAUACGCUCCAACUACAUUGGCUCCUGCACGGGAUUUUUGGACUUUACGAUAUACCACAACUUUAGAAAAUGGCAGUAUCGUGGUUUGUGAGAGAUCUCUAUCCGGUUCUGGACCAAACACUUCUUCUCCUCAGUUUAUAAGAGCUGAUAUGCUUCCAAGUGGCUAUCUCAUUAGACCAUGUGAAGGCGGAGGUUCCAUUAUCCAUAUAGUAGACCACCUUAACCUUGAGGCAUGGAGUGUUCCAGAGGUGCUGCGGCCAUUAUACCAAUCAUCAAAAGUUGUGGCCCAGAAAAUGACCAUAGCUGCUUUACGCUACAUACGACAAAUUGCACAAGAGACAAGUGGGGAGGUGGUAUAUGGCUUGGGUAGGCAACCAGCUGUUUUACGUACUUUUAGUCAGAGAUUGAGCAGAGGUUUCAAUGAUGCUAUUAAUGGAUUCACUGAUGAUGGUUGGACAUUACUGAAUUGUGAUGGUGCUGAAGAUGUCAUAAUUGCCUGUAAUACAGCAAAGACUUUUAUGGCCACUUUAAGUGCUGCCACUUCACUACCUAUGAUUGGUGGUGUUCUGUGUGCAAAAGCAUCUAUGCUACUGCAGAAUGUACCUCCUGCAGUUCUGGUUAAAUUCUUGAGAGAGCAUCGUUCAGAGUGGGCUGAUUUUAGUGUUGAUGCCUAUGCUGCUGCGGCAUUGAAGGCAAACUUUUAUGCAUUUCCAGGAAUGAGAGCCACAAGGUUUACUGGAAGUCAAAUUAUCAUGCCCCUUGGUCACACAAUUGAGAACGAAGAGAUGCUGGAGGUAAUUCGUUUGGAAGGCCAUUCUCUUACUCCUGAAGAUGCUUAUAUAUCUAGAGACAUCCAUCUGCUACAGAUAUGCAGUGGGAUAGAUGAGAACGCAGUAGGAGCCUGCUCUGAACUUGUUUUUGCACCCAUUGAUGAGAUGUUUCCUGAUGAUGGUCCCUUGCUGCCUUCUGGGUUCCGUAUUAUUCCCUUGGAUUCAAAACUGGAAUCUGUAACAAAUCGAACACUUGACCUAACAUCAAGCCUUGAAGUGGGCCCCUCAACUAACCAUGGAGCUGGUGAUGCAACAUCUUCUGGAAACAAUCGUUCUGUGUUGACCAUUGCCUUCCAGUUCCCAUUUGAUAGUAGCCUACAAGAAAAUGUCGCAACAAUGGCCCGCCAAUAUGUUCGUAGUGUGAUAUCGUCAGUGCAAAGGGUUGCCGUGGCAAUAUCUCCUUCAGGAUUGAAUCCCACAGUGGGCCCAAAAUUAUCUCCAGGCUCACCAGAGGCACUUACCCUUGCCCAUUGGAUUUGUCAAAGCUAUAGAUAUCAUAUGGGAGCAGAGCUGCUUAGGACUUCUUCGGCUGCUGAUGACACAGUGUUGAAACAUCUCUGGCAUCACCAGGAUGCUAUUGUAUGCUGCUUGAUGAAGUACCCUCCAGUUCUCAUCUUUGCAAACCAAGCAGGGCUUGAUAUGCUGGAAACAACAUUAGUGGCACUACAAGACGUGACCUUAGAUAAAAUAUUUGAUGAAUCGGGGCGAAAAUCAAUAUAUGCCGACUUCUCAAGGAUCAAUGAGCAGGGCUAUGCUUGCCUACCUGCUGGAGUUUGCAUGUCAACAAUGGGCCGUCAUGUUUCAUAUGAUCAAGCAAUUGCUUGGAAAGUCUUUGCCGCAGAUGAGACUACAGUCCAUUGUCUUGCCUUCACAUUUGUCAACUGGUCUUUUGUGUGAAGAACAAUUUAGGUAAAACAUCAAUCUAUCACAUCCUCGAUUAUUUAUUUACAGAAAGAACGUAAAGAGAAGUGAAGGGUGUUUGAUUUGUGAAAGUGGGACAGUUUGAUGUGUAGAAUUCAGGAAAUGAAUUUUUGUUAUAUUUAACGAGCCAUAUCUUGCAUUUUGCUAAUUCAAUUGUGAAAUUGUAUCAAAUUUCGUUGUCCAAAAUGGGUCCUGAGAUCUGCUACCUAUUCAAGCUGACAUAAGAGGAUAACUCAAUUACUCAAAUAACGAGCUUAUAUUGUCUUAUAAAUGUGGACAAAUUUUGCACUUGGAUUUGUGAAGUUUAUUUUCCGUACAUGUAUUUAUAACAGUGGUACACCUAGGAUUUCGAAAGUGAGAAGGGGGAUCUAAAUGACACCCGUUUCCUACAAUGCUGUUCUUAAUUACUCCCUUAUAUGAGUUUGACUCUACAUCACUUCAAAAGGCUUCAUAAAUUGAUGGUCUUAAUUACUCUCUUUUAGUUAGUUACUAUAUUUUGUGCAUUAUUUUGACACUUAAAAUUUUUAUUUGUGCAUAAUUAGAAGUCAUAAAAAGUUGAUAAUAUGUAACUACUUUCUCCUAUUAUAAUGCAUCUGUUUUAAGGAAAGAGGCAGAGGGACCUUAUGAGACUAGAGUAAUGGAAAAAGUAAGCAAAAAAGUGAUAAUUUAAUGAAAAUUAUAUAAAUAGCAGAAUUUCAUGAGGAUACAAGGGAAAAAGGUUACCAAAUAAGGAAAUAAAGACAUUUGAUAUGAAUAAGCCUGAAGAAAAAAUGAGACAUUUAAUUGAAAUAUGAGGUAGUGAAGAAAAAGUGUCGUUGGUGUAUGGAUUGCAGUAAUGCCAUUAAAACUUGUUAGGAAUUUGAGGUGUUUGCAUUAAUGUUGCAUUUGGUCUAAAGGACUUAAGACUAGUCAAUCAACAUUUAUUGUCUGUGUAUGUGUACAUAAGCAGUAAGCAGUAAUGGACUGUGUUUUUCCCUUUUCAGCACAUUUAGACUUAGCUCUAUAAAAUGUUGCAUCUUCUCUUGUUACUUGACUCCAGUAGAACGCUCAGGUUGGAAUUAGGAAACUUAUAGUUUUGGUAAUUGGUAUUGCUACUACUAUUUGUAAUUGUAUGCCUCAGCCUAUUCACUGAUAACUGAAAACUCAGCUGCUUGCAUUUAAGCAUCAGUGCCUAUUGGCUGGCAGUGUGCUCGCAGCAGAGGCUGUACUACUCUGAUUGUGACUUUUUAUGUGGGAAAUUGCAUGUCCUUUACCGUUACUGGCCUAUGGCCUAUAUUAUGCUGAAUCACUGUGUUUGGUUUAUUUGGUUUUCUUAUGCAAGUUUUCGUGUAUUACUCUACUCUGUAAUUGACUGUAAUAGUUGAUAUGCUUCCCUUCAAACAAAUUCUUUUGUUAAAUUAGGCUGGACUUAUUGUAAAUAUAAUGGGGAGACACGAGGUGUACAUAUUUUCAUAAGCCAAGGAGAUGUAUAACUUCCCAAAAUCAUAUGGCAAUGGGAAGAAGGAUUCCAAUAACUUAUAAGGUGUGUAUGCCAUCUUUAAUUUGUCUAUGUGAGAUAAUUGGAUCAAUCAUCCCAUCACCUUUUACGGUACAAGAAUCGAAAUAUGGGUGUUUGUGCAUGAAAACAAUUAAUAGUGUGAUUGAAGAGUAAUAAAUAAUAGUCUGUUUACUUUCUUUACCUUGUGAAUCUUCGACGGUUGAAGCUCGAGUUUGCCUAGAUCUAGACGUGAGCUAGAUUUUUCAUAAGCGCAAGCAAACGGGCUGAAUUUAGGCACCAGUAAUUGCUUAGGCUGAAUUCUAAAUAUUGAGCUACGUUUGGUACAGCAUAGACUGGGGGUUGAUUGGAGGGAGAAUUUGAAAAAAUAAGACAAUUGAACAACCUUUUUUCCAAAAUAAGCUCCGUAAAAUCUUAAUUCUCAAAAUAAGCGUCCGUACAUCCAAGCCUAGCCUCGGGAUUAUUCGAUGUUACUAACAGCGACUUAAUGCGUUUUAAGUUUUCAGCUCUCAGUUAUUUCCUUAUUUCAGCCGACGAGAUGAAUGAGUUACUAGUUAAUCUUAAAGUCGCUGUUAGUAACAGCGACUGAUCCUUUUUAUUUUAAUUUUUUUUUCAAUGUUUCGCUGUUAGUGACAACGAAUGUUUCCGAGGCUAGACUUGGAUGUACGAAUGCUUAUUUUGGAAAAUAAGUUUUCAUGAAGCUUAUUUUUGGAAUUGAGUUAUUAAAUAAUCUUAUUUUAUUCAAAUUUUCGAUUGGAGGGCGGUUGGGUACAGGCCAAAAGUAAUGUAUUUGUGGGUGUGGGGCAGAUUGUGGGUCAAAUACGUUAAAUGAAUCGUUAGCAGCCAUUGUAGUAGAGUUUAAUGGUGAAUUGAACCCAAUUUUAGAGUUUUCAUUAUGUGCAUCUUUCAUUGUUGAGUGAGGCCGAUAACGUACAAGAUCAUGCAAUUUCAUCUUUUAUAUUUUCUCAGAUUUUUUAAUUGCAAUUCAUUUUUUUAGGCAUGUAAAUUGAGAAAGAGAUUACACAUGCUAAAUGGAUAAAUUAAUAAAACUAACUUUAAUAACAUACAUUCUUCUAUUCAUCUUAAGUGUUUUAUUUGCUUUAUACACUCUAUUCAAUGC